AUGAACCAUGGAAAUGAAGAAUACAUAUCAGCAGUGGGUGAUCCAGGGAUGAGAAGAGAUGGGUUGAGAUUGGCAAUAGAGGCAUGGAAUCAGUGCAAUGAGGUUGGAGAUGAAGCUCCUAACAUGGGCAGCCCAAGAGCUGCUGAUUGCUUUGAUGUUUAUAGAGCUUUUCCAGAGUUAAAAAGUCAGUGCCCAAUUUAU